GCCCUCGGCGGAGCGGCGGCGGACAGCAGGAGGAGGUAGCCGGCCCGGGGAGAUGCUGUAGCGGCUCCCGCUGCUCGCUCUGCGCGGAGCCCGCCCCCGGCUGCGGGAACGGGGCCGAGGGGCUGCGGGACGGGCAGAGCCGGCCCGGAGCGGGCGGGUGCAGGCAGCAAAACGGAUCAGCUGUAAAAAGUGUUUCCUCUGUAAAUCCUGAAUCAUUGACUUAGCACCGGGGCUGCUACCUGGUCUCGUGCUGGAACUGAGGCAGUUGUGGUUCAUGUGAUGUGGUCACACGUCUGCUAAACCUAAACCAGUGUCAUAACCUUUGUUGGCUGGCAUGAGCUACUGAGCUAUCGGCUCCUAGCGACUUUGAGAGGCAACUUUGGGAAUUUCGAGUAGUACAACGUAGUGAGUUGGAAGGAUGAGAGUGUGCACACCUUAUCAGAGAAUGUCAACAGCUUUUUAUUGAUGAAGAACUGCUUGUUAUCACCAAUCUGCAAAUGAAAUGGAAGGGGAAGAGAUUCUGGAAAACAACUUCUGUUUCAGCCUUGCAAGAUGCUGCAUGAAGGGUAAAAAGAAGUUUAAGUGACUGCUCUACUUGAUCAAAAUGGUGGACACUGAAAACCAGCUCUAUCCCCUUACUCCCUUGGAGGAGGAGGAUAUAGACAGCCCAUUAUCUGGAGAGUUCCUACAAGAUAUGGAGAACAUUCAAGACCUGUCCCAGUCUCUAGGUGAUGAUAGUUCUGGAGCUUUAAGUUUAACAGAAUUCCAAUCACUGGGAAAUGGUCCAGGAUCUGAUGGAUCGGUUAUAACAGACACCCUUUCACCAGCAUCCAGUCCUUCAUCCAUUAAUUUUGCCACAGCUCCAGGUAGCAUAGAUGAAUCACCCAGUGGAGCAUUAAACAUUGAAUGUAGAAUUUGUGGGGAUAAAGCCUCAGGCUACCAUUACGGAGUACAUGCUUGUGAAGGUUGUAAGGGCUUUUUUAGAAGAACAAUUCGUUUAAAACUCAUCUAUGAUAAAUGUGAUCGCAACUGCAAAAUUCAGAAAAAAAAUCGUAAUAAGUGCCAAUACUGUCGUUUUCAGAAGUGCCUUUCAGUUGGAAUGUCACAUAAUGCAAUACGUUUUGGACGAAUGCCGAGGUCUGAGAAGGCCAAGCUCAAAGCAGAAAUUCUAACAGGUGAAAAUUAUGUAGAAGAUUCAGAAAUGGCAGAUCUUAAAUCACUUGCCAAAAGAAUUCAUGAUGCCUACCUGAAAAACUUCAAUAUGAACAAGGUUAAAGCCAGAAUCAUCCUUGCAGGGAAAACCAAUAACAAUCCACCUUUUGUUAUACAUGAUAUGGAUACCUUAUGUAUGGCAGAGAAGACCCUGGUGGCAAAACUGGUAGCCAAUGGCAUUCAGAACAAGGAAGCAGAAGUUCGAAUCUUCCACUGCUGCCAGUGUACUUCUGUGGAGACCGUCACAGAACUCACGGAAUUUGCCAAAUCCAUCCCUGGCUUCUCCAACCUGGACUUGAACGAUCAGGUGACGCUGCUGAAGUACGGCGUGUAUGAAGCCAUAUUUGCCAUGCUGGCCUCUGUGAUGAACAAGGACGGGAUGCUGGUGGCCUAUGGGAAUGGAUUUAUAACCCGGGAGUUCCUGAAAAGCCUGAGAAAGCCAUUCUGUGAUAUAAUGGAGCCAAAAUUUGAUUUUGCAAUGAAAUUCAAUGCACUGGAUUUGGAUGAUAGCGAUAUAUCCCUUUUUGUUGCUGCCAUUAUUUGCUGUGGAGAUCGUCCUGGUCUUGUAAAUGUAGGACACAUUGAAAAAAUGCAGGAGAGCAUUGUGCAUGUACUGAAACUUCACUUGCAAAACAACCAUCCUGAUGACACCUUCCUCUUCCCAAAACUUCUCCAAAAAAUGGCUGACCUCCGACAGCUGGUCACAGAGCAUGCUCAGCUUGUUCAGAUAAUCAAGAAGACUGAAUCUGAUGCACAUUUACACCCUUUACUACAGGAGAUCUACAGGGAUAUGUAUUAAGGAUUUUUAGUCUUUUUUUUCCACAAUAUUUAAAGACAGAGAAAUACAGAUGGGAGCAAAACUACUUGUACAGUUACGUGCUGUUCACUCAGCCCAGAGCAGGAAAAAUCUAAAACUGGGGAACUGGAGUGUUACACUUGGUUUGGGAUCUUUUGUCUUCUUUCGAAAAAGUGCUGCAGAAAAAUACUGCUCAGAGUGCUCAGCGAAGUGUCUUACAAUGGUUCUUUUAUUUGGAAAUUUGAAGAGUGGUAAGGAAUACAUAUUUGUGUAAUAAAUGAGAAUGUUAAGUAACAGAAAUGAA